AUGGCUGCGAAGGUUGCUAACCCUCUUCUUCUUGGCUGGGUUCAAGAAUGGGUAGACCAAGCCCGCGAGCGGAACUCAAAGGGCCUGCUUACAUACAAGAAUGCCUAUGCUGCUUUGAAAGCUUGUCCAAUCACUUUCGGUCAUCCCUCGGAGCUUCAGCAGCUCAAAGGCUUUGGCCCAAAACUUUGUGACCGGCUCACGGAGGAACUAAAGCAACACUGUGAGGAGAAUGGUCUGCCCAUGCCUAAGAGGAAGCGCCCAAGCAAAGCAGGACAAGCAGCUGGUGAUGAUGAUGAUGACGAUGAUGAGGGUACACAUAGACCAGCGAAGAAGCCCCGGAAGGCCAAGCCAUACGUGCCAACUCUUCGAAGCGGGCCGUAUGCUCUCCUGCUUGGGCUUUCGUCCCUCGAUGAGGAAGCAGCUAUUGGAAUCACAAAAGAUCAACUCAUUCAAGAAGCUCAGCCUCAUUGCGACUCGUCAUUCACAGCACCGAAGGAUGCCAACAGCUACUACACAGCUUGGAGUUCGAUGAAGACAUUGCUAGACAAGGAUCUUGUCUCGGAGAAGGGCAGGCCAACGCGAAGGUACAUGUUGACUGACGAGGGUUGGGAAGUCGCUCGCAGAAUCAAGAACACGACCACGCAAACUGGCCGAGCACCGCCAAAUCAGUCAGCACAGUCAACGCGUCCACAGCCAAUCAACUUGACGGGGGACCACGAAGAUGACUGUGUUGAACACGACGACGCUGUGGACGGACCACGUAACAUGGGCUUGGAUGGUGCCGGCGAGGAGCAAAACUACGCGAAUGUUGUUUCUGUAGGGAAUGGGUCCACCGAUACCUCGACUUUGCCUGACUUCAGACCAAUCCGGCUUGCUCCCGGCACCUUCACAGUAGAGCUCGUGCUUGACGUGCGGGAGAUUCGUGCAAAAACCGACCGAGAUUACAUGCGGGACGCACUGAGUCAGAAGGGCGUUGAUCCUAUCAUGCGGUCGUUGGAACUGGGGGACGCACUCUGGGUAGCGAAGUGCAAGGACUCCAACUUCCUCUCUCGUGCAGGAGCUGAGGGCGAUGAAAUCGUCCUUGACUGGAUCGUAGAGAGGAAAAGGCUCGAUGAUCUAAUCGGGAGUAUCAAAGAUGGUCGUUUCCAUGAGCAAAAGUUUCGUCUCAAGAAGUCUGGAGUCAAAAACGUCAUCUACAUCGUGGAGGAAAUGAGAAUGGAUGCUGAGGGCCUCAGCAAAUAUGAGGAAAUGGUGCGGUCAGCGAUUGCCUCCACCCAAGUGGUGAACGGGUACUUUCUCAAGAAAACCCAAGCCAUGGACGACACCGUGCGGUACCUGGCACGUAUGACGAUGCUUCUUAAGAAGCAGUACGAAGACAAGACGCUGCUUGUCAUCCCGACAGAAGUUCUCACAGCACAAAACUACCUUCCACUGGUGGCACCGAAUGACAGCCACUACAUCACAUAUCCGGCAUUUGCAUCACUCUCAUCAAAGUCGGAACUGAUGACCCUUCGGGACCUCUAUCUGAAGAUGCUGAUGUGCACAAGACAGGUGACUGGCGAGCGGGCGAUCGAAAUUCAGAAGAGGUGGAAGACCCCAAGCGAGUUCAUGCAGGCAUUGCGCGAUUGCGGCGAGGGAUCGCAGGGCGACAAGAAGAGGCGAGAGUUGGUCUUUUCGCAGCUCGGUGCCUUGCCAGUGCAACGCAAGAAGGUUGGCAAGAUCCUCAGUCAGCGCAUCGCAGAUAUCUGGAGUUGA